AUGGUGUCUACUGCCUGCCACAAAACUUCGUCUGUGGAGCGGCCAGAGGAGGAAGGCGAAGAUGAUGAGGAAGAGGAUGAAUCGGACAUCUUUGGGGGUUAUGACAGUUUCCGAGGCUAUAACAGCAGCAUGGGCAGCGACAGCAGCUCCUGUCUGGAUGAGUCUAGUGACGAUGAUGUGGCAGACCGGGAAGCUGGAGAGCUUUCGACCUCUCCUGUGCACCAUCCAUCCUCAGGCCAGCUCGUAGAGGACAGCGGCUCCGAGCCAGCUGUCUGCGAGAUGUGUGGGAUUGUGGGCACCAGAGAGGCUUUCUUCUCUAAGACCAAACGUUUCUGCAGCGUCUCCUGCUCCAGAAGCUACUCCUCAAACUCCAAGAAGGCCAGCAUCCUGGCCAGACUGCAGGGGAAGCCACCAACGAAGAAAGCAAAAGUUCUGCAUAAGGCAGCCUGGUCAGCCAAGAUUGGGGCCUUCCUCCAUUCGCAGGGCACGGGACAGCUGGCAGAUGGGACGCUGACAGGUCAGGAUGCACUCGUCCUGGGCUUUGACUGGGGAAAGUACCUGCAGGAGCAUGGCUUCAAGGCAGCUCCUGUCAGCUGCUUCAAACACGUGCCGCUCUUCGAUCAGUGGGAUGAUGUGGUGAAAGGUAUGAAAGUGGAAGUGCUCAACAGCGAUGCCGUGCUCCCCAGCCGUGUGUACUGGAUUGCGUCUGUCAUCCAGACUGUAGGGUACAGGGCCCUUCUGCGAUAUGAGGGCUUUGAGAAUGAUGCUGGCCAUGACUUCUGGUGCAAUCUGGGCACAGUGGAUAUUCACCCCAUUGGUUGGUGUGCCAUCAACAGCAAAAUCCUGGUACCACCGCAAACUAUCCAUGCCAAGUACACUGACUGGAGAAGUUACCUCAUGAAAAAACUGGUGGGAGCCAGGACCAUUCCAGUGGAUUUCCACAUCAAGAUGGCAGAGAGCAUGAAGUACCCGUUCCGGCAGGGCAUGCGGGUGGAGGUGGUGGAUAAGAACCACGUGUCCCGGACGCGCUUGGCAGUGGUGGACACGGUGAUUGGGGGCAGACUGAGACUCCUCUAUGAGGAUGGUGACAGUGACGAUGACUUCUGGUGCCACAUGUGGAGCCCUCUCAUCCAUCCUGUGGGCUGGUCACGGAGAGUGGGCCACAGCAUGAAGACGGCAGAAGAAAAACGCAAUGACAUGGCAAACCAUCCCACCUUCCGGAAGAUUUACUGUGAUGCUGUCCCCUACCUGUUUAAGAAGGUAAGAGUUGUCUAUGCUGAAGGUGGAUGGUUUGAGGAAGGCAUGAAGCUGGAGGCCAUUGACCCCCUGAAUCUGGGCAACAUUUGCGUGGCCACUGUUUGCAAGGUCCUCUUGGAUGGGUAUCUGAUGAUCAGCAUUGAUGGAGCCACAUCUGCUGAUGGCUCUGACUGGUUCUGCUAUCACGCUUCCUCGCACGCCAUCUUCCCCGUCAACUUCUGUCAGAAGAACAACAUCGAUCUGACCCCUCCAAAAGGGCAAGAUGCAAAGACCUUCAACUGGGAAAGUUACCUGGAAAAGACUAAAUCAAGACCUGUUCCAGCACGACUCUUCAACACAGACUGCCCAAACCAUGGCUUCAAGGCAGGCAUGAAGGUGGAAGCAGUGGACCUGAUGGAGCCCCGGCUCAUAUGCGUGGCCACGGUGAAGCGUGUAGUCCACCGUCUCCUGAGCAUCCAUUUCGAUGGCUGGGACAAUGAGUAUGACCAGUGGGUGGACUGCGAGUCUCCAGACAUUUAUCCUGUUGGGUGGUGUGAGCUGACAGGCUACCAACUUCAACCACCUGUUGUUCCAGAGCCCACAACUCCAGUGAAGGCCAACGAGGUGCCCAAGAAGAAGAAGAAACCCUAUGGAAAGAAGAGAAAAAAGUUACCUGCCAAAGCCCGCAACAUCAAGCAGACCGUGAAGAAGCCUCCGGCCCCGAAGGUGAAACGAGAAGCAAAGGCUGCCAGCAAGGCUUUGCCAGAGCCAGCACCUGAUGAGAUCAUUGCUGUGCAGGUGAAAGAAGAAACCAUUGACCCUUCACUACCAGAGUUUGAAGCUGUAGAGCUUCCCGUUCCUGUCAGCAGCAUAAAGCAGGAGGACACGGACUGA